CCCUUGGUGAGGUUGAGGAGUCCAAGGGGACUUGGAGCUUGAGGGGUUGGAGGCUGGGUCCUCGUGGCGGAGCGGGAGGGAGACCGGAAAAGCUUCCCUUGUCACUGGUCUACUUUGGUGUCCCCUCUCCUGCUGACUCUGCCAUUUUGAGUGCAUCUUCUGGGACCCUCUAGUAGAGAAAGCCAUUACCAUUGUCUUUCCUGCAUUGACUCAGAAGGUUUCUUCUAGAAGAAGUUUCAGAGUUCAGCUAGUCCUACCUCUGCGUUUUCAGAUGGAGAGACCGGUCCAGAGAGGGAAGUACCCUGGGCCAAGGACACAUACCAGAUUCUAAAUCCUGACAGAGCAUUAUGGAGCCCAGUUCUGGCAGGCUUCCAGGACUGGAAGCCACCAGACCCCACCUGGAACCAAGGGCGUCACCCUUGGCAGAGAGACGACUCCAUGUUCUUGUGGGUGUCACGGGGAGUGUCGCAGCCCUGAAGUUGCCUCUCCUGGUGUCAAGGCUUUUGGACAUUCCUGGCCUGGAAGUGGCAGUGGUUACAACUGAGAGAGCCAAACAUUUCUACAGCCCCCAGGACAUUCCUGUUACCCUCUACAGCGACGCAGAUGAAUGGGAGAUGUGGAAGCACCGAUCUGACCCAGUUCUCCACAUUGACCUGCGGAGGUGGGCGGAUCUUUUGCUGGUGGCUCCUCUUGAUGCCAACACUCUGGGGAAGGUGGCCAGUGGCAUCUGUGACAAUUUGCUUACCUGUGUCAUCCGGGCCUGGGACCGCAGCAAGCCCCUGCUCUUCUGCCCGGCGAUGAACACCGCCAUGUGGGAGCACCCGAUCACUGCGCAGCAGGUGGGUCAGCUCCAGGCCUUCGGCUACAUCGAGAUACCCUGUGUGGCUAAGAAGCUGGUGUGUGGCGACCAAGGUCUGGGGGCCAUGGCUGAGGUGGGCACCAUUGUGGACAAAGUGAAGGAAGUCCUCUCCCAGCAUGCCGACUUCCAGCAGAGCUGAACGGAGGAUCUCUGCUCUGUGUCCCCGUGUGUCCCCAGUAUGUUUUCAGGCCGAGUCAGUGAAGGUGGGCAUUGGCCAAGUAUGGUGGAAAUUCUCCUUUGCUGAAUAGGGACCUGGCCUGGGCCUGCUCCGCAGUCUCCAAGGGUCUGACUUGCCCCAGGCUAAAUUGGACCAAGAGCCCAGGACUCAACUUCUUUCAACCAAGAGACAUCAGCUAUCUGGAGCUCCUCCUCACCUUUUCCUGGGAUGAGCCCAGCAAGCCAGAGGAGCAAGCUGCCAUAUUGUCCCUGUGCCUCUGGAAGGGGCCUGAGGAGCACUGACCAACUUUGAUUCUACACCAUGCCUAGAAACUGCCUUUGGAAACUGCCUCAGCUGGAGAUCCCCAGGGUGGUGGGUCCCUGCCAGGCCUUUGGAGCUCCAGCUGCCACGUAGAAUCAGGAAGACCUGCAAGUUGGCAAGACCCUGAGAUUUCUCACUGACCAUGCUGUGAGAUGUGGGUACUGGGAAAUAAAGUAAAGUGGCCUUUUGGGAAA